GUGCAGGUUAUUCCUUAAAGACAAAAAUGAUUGUCUUUAAAAAUCAGCAAAGUAUAACAACUUGUUCUCUCAUUUUAUAGGAAAAACCUAUUCUUGAAAUGAGCCAAACAAUUUGAGAGACUCAACAACGAAUGACGGAAAAACAUUCAACUCUUUUAUAGUGACGUUCAAACCAGUAUGUAAUCACGUUCCCUCAAGCCAUUAGUUUAACAAUACAGAAGUGGCAUUUUAAUCUUUCUGAAGAUGACAGAAAACUUGUAUGAGACGAAUCAUUUCACAGACCACACCAACGGGACCUAUUUGUUCCAGCACAGCCCGAGUACACUGGGUGCACCUCACUAUGGUGUACCAAACAUAAACUCGAUCCAAUCAUCUCCAAUGUCUCCUCGACUCAACCACGAGCCGCUAACAUCUCCUGGCACUCCAGGACAUGAACCUUCUCCAAUGCUUGAGAUGCCAAACAGUGGCGGGACUUGGGAAUAUAAUCCGUUUGGAAGGACAUCAUCAUGGGGAUCUUCUCCUCACGAAGAACUACCAGAGACGUCUCGAAUCUAUCCGUUUAACAUCACGUGUCAGAACAACUCAUCAAUGACCUGCAAAGACAACGGCAGUGUUUCUCAUCCUCAAAGGCUGGACUCGUUCUCAAAGGCCUUCCCUACGAAAAACAUUCAACUUCCCUUUGGCGAUAGCAACAGGACAAAUGAUAAUGAUUCAGGGGUUUUGCACAUGCCUCAAAGUCUCCCAGAAGGAUCGGACAGGCAACCUUUGGAGUCUCCGGUUUUUAACCCAAUGGUCAUUCAAGGUCAAUGCGAUCAGACCGGCUUCCAUCCAUCAGAAAGCCAAAACUCAAUGCACGGCCUUUACCAAAACCAUCAACAGUUUCACUAUGGAUACCAGCAACACAAACAGAAAUUAAACAACAUGGAGCAGGUAAACAGGAGUCUCCAAAAACCACAGAACUCUUGGCAUGGCUAUCAAAGCCACCCAAUGCCAUAUCCAAUGGCCUUGAAUGAACAACAAAGAGGGAUUUUUGCACACAAAACUCACCUGGACUCUCAAGAACCUGCUCAAUCGCCAACCUAUGACCACCGUCAAGACUUCAACGUCCCAGAGCAGCAGAUCUUCCAUUACCAAGAGCAACAACAUCUUCGUUCGCUUUCCCAACCCGGCAAUCCUUACCUUGCGCAAGAUCACGUCCAAUCGAUCCCUGCAAAGCAAAACAACAUGUUUAGCGAUGCUCGUCACUCGGCACCCAACACACCCGUGUUCUCGAGUCCCAAAGAAGAUCAAUCUGGUUUCAACUUCCCUCACCGAAGUGAAGACCUCUGCAGUCCGCUCUACCAAAACAAGAGUUCAGGGGUCUGUAAAACUCUUCAACAGAUGACUAUGAGCGGGGAUAUUUUUCAUCAUCUCACCGCACAUGCUCCUCAGUGGUCACAGGCACCUUCACCAAAUAUUCAGGAUGAGGCCAUUUCACCUCAUUUCAGAGCAGAACCAGGGUUGUCGAGAGAGGAUGGAUCUCAUGCAAAGAUGAGAUGCACUGUUUGUCAGAGGGAGUUCAAAAGUCUCCCGGCUCUGAACGGUCACAUGCGCUCACAUGGAGGCCUGCGGACACACCCCACAUCCCUCAAAAUGGCUGCUCAAAGCAACCCCAUCCUCUUACCUGUGUCAGUACCUGUCAAGGACUACCAGACCCCAACCAAACUCACGCUCAGCCUUCUGUGCCAGCAGAAAGAUGAGGAACAAAGCGGUUUAAUUAAGUGUGGUGCACAGUCACCCCUACCGUUGGUACGAAACCACCCUCCCUGUAUAAAGAGAUCUGUCUCAGAUGGAGAAUGUGCACCAAAGCAGGUGAAAAAGAGGUACCGCCACUGUCUGGUCCCAUUGAUGAUUCCUCCGCCCAGCGCCUGUCAGGAGUCCAGAGGCGCAGUGCUCUUCCGCAGUCAGCUCAGGACGGCGAGCAGCAUGGGGGACGAUGUGCCGUACACCCCUCCGCCUAUGCUCAGCCCCGUACGCCCGGGAUCAGGCCUCUUCAGCGCCAUCAAUGGAAGAGGCAAGAGCAGCGGGGUCGAAUCUGCUGCAGAUGGGGCUGGUGAUAUGGAUGACUGUGGUGAGACUGCAAGGGAGAAAGUGGUUAAUGUAACACCUCGGAUAAAUGUUGGCGAGGAAUUUCAAGCAAAGAUCGCAGACAUUAAGAGUCAAACCCUCACAGAGGAAGAUUCCCAUAAUGCUGUUCUUUUGUGGUCGCCCACCCAAGACCUGGAUGCCCCUGAUAACCAGCAGAAAGUGGACAAUCUUUUGAAAAUGGCUUGCUCUAGUGUGCUACCAGGUGGCGGAGCAAACACAGAAUAUGUCCUGCACUGUCUUUCUGAGUGCAGAGGAGAUAUUAUGAAUACCCUUGAAAAGCUUCUCCUGCCAACGCCGCCGAAAAACACAUCCAGCCCCAAAACAGACUAUCAUUACGCAGGAUCAGACAGAUGGACGCUUCAGGAAAAACGCCAGCUGAACAAAGCACUUUUAAGUCAUCACAAAGAUUUCUAUCUUGUCCAGAAAAUGGUCAAGACAAAGUCAGUGUCUCAGUGUGUCGAGUACUAUUACGCAUGGAAAAAGCGUUUGCGCUUGGGUACGAGAGUCAGUACGGCUCUGUCUACACCUGUUCAAGACCAGCGGGGAGACUGGCCAAUAAACACCACCACAGAACCAAAUAAAGAAGCCAACAGCAAAACCAGGGAGCCUGAAAUAUCAGAAAACUCCAGUGCCGUGUUUGUCUGUGAAGUGUCAAACUCUCAGAUGAACAAAGAAACGUGGACCCAGACCAAUCUCCGGCUGCUCUGUAGCUCUCCGGCCGAAAACAGAACGUCCACGCUGACCCUGCCUUUGGGUUCGGCUUCUGUGAGAAGUUCUCCCUCCAGCACCACCAGUGGAGACACUGAUUCAGCCGUCGUCUUUCCCUGCAACGAGUGUGGAAAGGUGUUUUUAAAGGUGAAAAGUCGAAAUGCCCACAUGAAGACACACCGGCAGCAGGAGGACAUACAGUUGUGGCAGUUCCCCAGGGUUCCUGAGCAGGAUCGCGUGAUGGUGACACCUGAAUGUCCUGUUACACCACUAAAACCACCCAUAAGCCUUCAUUCUUUAACAUGUGACAGAACUGCGGAGGUGAAAACAUCCAUAAAUUACAUGUGCAAUAAGUCAGUGCAAGAAAUUAAUUGUCGUCUGAAGACUCUUCCUGUCCUACAGAGUCCACUAGACUAUAUUCCAAGUUAGAAGAUCCUUCAUGUAAAUAGCACAGAUUUAUGUAUAUUAAAACUAAGGCUAAGGCACAAUUUGUGUAAAAAGUAUGUAAUGUUCUUUGUUUUAUCUGUAUCUGAUAUCCUGUUGUGUAUUAUCUGGUUUUGUAUCAUAUUUCUUUUGUAAUAAACCCCUUGGUUUGUCAGUGAUUAUCAAACACUCAAACUCACAACAGAUUAAAUUCACAAUGCAGUCGACUUUACAAAACCGCUUUUCAUAAGCGGUGUGACUCUACCCAGCUAACAACAUGUUCUGAAUGUUAUGAAACUUUACUUCUGAAUGUUCAUUAAACG